AUGGCGGCGUCUUCGGCACGGCCAUUCAAGGUUGCCAUCGUCGGCGGCGGCAUGACCGGCCUCAUUGCGGCCCUGGACCUCGACCGCCUGGGCAUCGACUUUGUCCUGCUCGAGGCGUACAAGGAGAUCACGCCCGAGGUCGGCGCCAGCCUGGCGCUGUAUCCAAACUUCCAGCGCACGCUCGACCAGCUCGGCGUGCUCGACGACGUCCGCGCCGAGUCGGCCGAGCUGUGCCGCCUUAGCUGCCGCGGCCUGGAUGGCAAGAUCAUGUUCCGGCACAGUGUUGGGGAGCAGAUACGCGCGGCGACGGGGGGCUACGGCAUCGCGACGUUCACGCGGUCGCAGCUGCUGAGGAUAUUACACCGCAAUCUCAGCGAGGGCGGGAGGAAGAAGAUUCGCACCGGCGCAAAGGUGAAGCGGCUUGAGCCGCUGUCGGGUGACGACGAAGGUGUUCGGGUGCAUCUUGAGGGAGGAGAGGAUGCCGAAUCUAUUGACGUGGACGUGGUAAUCGGCGCGGAUGGCAUCCACAGUGUUGUGCGCUCGGAGAUGUGGAGACUGGCCGAGGAAGCCGACUCUGACCUGAAAGCCUUUGAAAAUGAUCACGCCGAAGACCUCGAAACAGAAUUUGGCUGCGUCUUCGGCCUCUCCCGCAAGACCGGCGACCUCGAAAAGGACACGGCAUACCAAGUCUGCGCGCAGGACAUGACCAUUGGCGUGUUUGGUGGGCCCAACGGCGAGGCGUGCUGGUUUAUUUUCUUCAAGGUGCCCCUCGCCAAGGGACGGGACAACAUCCCCAAGUGGAACGCCUUUGACGAUCCCAAGGCCGCCGAGAUCUGCAAGCAGUUCUCGCACGCCAAGCUCACAGAGAAGACGACCUUCGGCGACGUCUAUGCCAACUGCCACCGCAUCACCACACAGGCGUGCCCAAACCACUGCCUGCGGCGGUGGAACUACGGGCGCAUCAUUUGUCUCGGCGACGCCGUGGCUAAGACGAACCCCAUCCUCGCACAGGGCGGCGCGCAGGGCGCGGAAUCCGUGCUGAUGCUUGUCGAUCGGCUCCACGAGUCGUUGCAGAAGAAGCAGAGGACCACCAGCCCUAAGGCGAAGGCACAAGAAGACACCGGCGCGGACUCUUCUGACGAUGGCGAGACGCCCGCGCGUAGACCGUCAACCGCGGAGAUUGAGCGCAUCCUCGCCAGUGUCAGCGCGGAGAGGCAGCCUCGGGUCCGGGCGUCAGUGGACAGCAGCCAGCAGAUCAUCCGCAUCUCGGCGUGGUCGGGCUGGCUGUUCCGCUUCGUGGGCAAAUACGUGGCGCCCUGGCUUCCCACUUGGGUCAUCGUUGCACAGGCGCUUGCUCCGUGGAAAGGGGCGUACAUGUCGGCAAGCCUGCCCAAGCCUUCGACUAACAGCUCGUAA